UUUGGGGAUGAACAAGUCCUCCGCGCACCCUCCUAGUUGCGCCAAUUUAUGUGUAUAGUAUUGAUUUAAGAAUUUCAUUUAGAGAAAGUAAAAACUGCACACGGGCGUAGCCGGGUAAUUAAGCUAUAUUAAUUAUUAUGUUAUAUUAUUAUAUUAUUAUGUACCUAUACCUAUCAUAAUAUUAUUCAUAUUACAUGAUCGAUGGGGAAUGUCCAUCGGUCUUUAGUCAGUAAACAAUUUUAAUACAAGUGCAUUACGAUUUAAGUGUUGACAAUAAGAAUAUUAUAGUAUUAUAUAUUAUGUUUGUGUAGUAAUUAUUUAAUACACAUGUCAGUAUGUCACAUAAUACCUAUGUAUUGGCGACACUCCGCCUUUCUUUUUUUUUUUUUGAAGAGUUAGUCAAAGAGUAGGUCGCAGCACCAUUCCCUUUAAUCUUUUUGGGGGGUUUCCACUGUUUAGGUAAUAAAAAUAAAAAUUAAAUAUAGAAUAUAAUUAGAUAUAGAUAAUUAUCUAUAUCUGUAUACUUUGUUCAUGGAUUUUGUCAUGGUAUCCACAUCGUGAUAUCGCAGUAUUAUAAUAUCCACCAUCGAUUUUAAAAAUAUAAUAUAAAUAUAUUUCAAAAUCAAUGUACCUAUCCACAAAUUAAAAUAUAUUUUAAUUCGUGAUAAUAUCAAUUCUAUGAUCACACUAUUCACAUUAACAAUAUUCCCUGGAAGGCAGGAAAGUAGAAACACUAGAAACAAAAUAUCCAUAGAUGUGAAUGGUCAUGUGGACAACUACCUUAAAGGCCCGCACGGCACGCCGCACACACUACAGCAGUGCAAGUAAAAUUCUAUUGUUUUCCACCGCGGCGGUAAGUUAUUAUGUUCCGCUAGCCGGCGGAUAAAUAAUAGUAUAUUUUAAUUUUUAAGUAGCUUUAAACGCGUUAAUGACGAAUGUGAGACGUGAGUUUGUGACUAUCUUGCAUUCUGAUAUAAUUUCAUUUAAUAUUCUAUUAAUCUAUUGUGUUCUAGACGUUCUAGUCGUAGUGUGUGUCGUAUUAUUGUAGAUGCAUUUGUGCGUUACUGUCAUGUACGUACGCGUGGACCUUUGACACGUGCUUUAUUAAUUUGAAUGUUAUUGGAAUCCAUUUUUUAGGAAGUUUUUCAUUUAUUUUGUAACGUUGAUUAGCUUCCAAGUUCUACUAUAAUAUAUCAAAAUGGAAACUGUUUAUCCUAAUAACGAUGAAAUACAAUACCGUAAACAGCAUUUUGGAGUUAUUGAAGACAUUUUGAACAAUAAAGUUGAAUGUACAAUUUGUAAUGAUGAUCUAUUAAAUGAAAUUAUUUUGAAGAAAAUAAUAAUGGUUCAUCAAACUCAUCUAUUCCUAUGUUGUCAAGGCUGUUACUACAAAUUAUGUGAAGGAAAUAAAUAUAGUUGUAUAUUAUGCAUAUCAAACAAAGAUCUAUCUAAUUGUGUAAAAUGCAAUCUCAAUGUUUGUAAUCGGUGUGUUGAAAACUAUAACAUUGAACUACUAUCGAAUGGUGUUAUAAGUAAAUGCUUUACUUGUGUACCAAAAAUGUUGUGGAAACAAAGAGCUCAAGCUGCCAAUAUGUUAAAAGUAUUUUAUUCUCAGUUAUGUAUACCUGGUGGUUUAUCAGUUAAUGAAACAAAACAUGACCAAACUGUUUUGAAAUACUUAAUAAAUGAAGCUAAAAUUGGGCAAAAUUCUAUGAUAAAUAGUAUUAAAACCAAUUUAUGCAUUAAAUUUAUUUUAAAAUCAUAUAGAUCGUUUAUAAUAAAUAAACUUACAGAAUUUUCUUUUGACGAUAAUAUUCCUGUUGAUGAACAUUUAAAUGGAUUGUUUAAUAUUUUUGAGAAUAUUUUAGAAAAAACCUGUUCUACUUUAAUCAAUUUUAAGAGCAUAUUUAGUAUAAGUUCACGUUUAAGUGAUACUGUAUCUGAUAUGAUGAAAUCCUUAUGUUUUGACGAUGAUAAACUCAUAUUAUUCAGUAAUUCAAGAUUAAAUGAAAAUUUAGAUAAAGUAAUAAAAAAUAAUUCAAACAAUCUAUCAUUAAAUAAGUCGAACAUAUUAUGUACUACAAGAAUUUUAAGAUCACAAAAUAAACACAAAAUGGAUGGUGAUAAUUUAAACUUAACAAUAUCUUCAAGCUUGCUAUCAAAAUCCAAAGCUUCAAAUAAGAAAUUAACUAUUGUUAAAAAACAAUCGAAUAUAAACAAUGAAUCCAUUGCAUCAAGUAUUAUAAAUAACAAAUUCUGUAAUGAAAGUCAAAUUGAUUUAGUAAAUAAUAAAAUAGUUGAUGAUAAAGAUAAUGAAUUAGAGUAUAAUAUGAGGAAAUUAAAAAAUCAUGAUGUAAUACAAAUCAAUAAGACAAAAAAUCAAGCUAAAAAUUCAACCAAAAAUCAAAAAAUACUUGGUGACAAAUUGGAUGUAAAAAUAAAUGAAAGGCUGAUAUAUUUAAAUGAUAAUGACAACUGUUCUAAAAAUAAAAUCAGAGUUAAUAUUGAUAAUAUUGAUAUUAACCAUACUAAAAAUACAAGUUUGAAAGAAUUUCCAAAAAAUGAAGUUAAUAAGUCGGAAAAAAUGUGCCAAUUUAUUAAAACAAUUGAUGAAAUUGUCUUGGGUGAUGUGAUAAAUUCAACCUUAAUUGAUUCUAAGAAAUGUGAUACUAUUAAUAGUUAUGUUGAAUUAGAAAGUAAAGACAUCGUUGUAAUGCCAGAAGAAUUAUCAUCUGAUAAACAUAAUAAUAAAAACAUAACUUGUUCAAAACAAUCAUCUUCAUUUAUUAUACCAUGUGUUACUAAUAAAAAUAAUGAUUCUGGUAUUGAAUUUAAUAAAAAAAAUAAAGGAACAAAAAGAAUGCUGAUAACAUCUAACUCGUCUAAUGAUUCAGAUUCAUCAGUAAAAAAAACAAAAAAACCCAAUUCCAAAAAUCUGACUAAAAAAAGCAUAUUUGAUUUAUCAACUAGCAAUAGCAGCAGUAGUUCCGAUGAAAGUUCAUCUUCUUUAACAGUUAAAAAGCGUAGAAGAAAACAACUGUCUAAUGAUAGUUUUGAUGAAGAUUCUGAUAAUAGUAAAGUAUCUCAUAAUAAUAUAUUGAUGAAAGGACGAAAAAAUAUUCGAAGAUUAAUAAUACAAGAGGAACUUAGUGAAUCCACUCAAAAUGCCAUAAAAGAAGAAGAACUUCGGAAGAACCGCGUACAAAAACGUCAAAAGCUAUAUAAUGAAAAUUGUGAUGUACCAACACCAUUGGAAACAGAAUUCUGUAAAAAAUUAUUGCUAGAUUUUGAUGAUAAAACAAAUGAAGAACUUAUUGCAGUUCAUCCGGAUCUUGCGAAGUUUCUCAAACCACAUCAGGUGAAAGGAAUAACAUUUCUGUGGAAUUCUGUGUUUGAAUCAUUAGCAAGAAUUAAAGAACAUAAAGGAAAUGGAUCAAUCUUAGCUCACUGUAUGGGUCUAGGUAAAACACUACAAAUUAUAUCUUUAAUUCAUACAUUAUUUAGGUACCCUGAAACUGGUAUUAAAACUGUAUUAAUUAUUACUCCCAAUGCAACAAUUGAAAAUUGGUGUAAGGAAUUUCAUAAAUGGUUACAUGAUAUUGAUGAAAAAAAACAUUUUUUUAUACUUAACUUAGUCGAAUCUAAAACCUAUGAAAGCCGAAAAAAUAUUAUAGAUGAAUGGCGUAGAGAACAUGGGGUAUUGAUUACAAGCUAUGAGUUGUAUAGAUCAGUUGUUAACUACAAGUAUAUUGACAAAUUUCCUUCAAUCUUAGAAGGACUUGUUGAUCCCGGACCAGAUUUAGUCAUAUGUGAUGAAGGACAUGUACUUAAAAACCAUGUCACAACAGUAUCAAAAACAGUUAAUCGUAUCAAAACACUUAGAAGAAUUGUGUUAACUGGAACACCAUUACAAAAUAAUUUAAAAGAAUAUCAUUGUAUGGUUGAUUUUAUUCGACCAAAUUUAUUAGGAUCAAUAAAAGAUUUUACUAACCGUUUUAUAAAUCCAAUUACUAACGGGCAAUACUUAGAUUCAACUUCAAUAGACGUAGAAUUGAUGAAAGGAAGAUCACAUGUAUUGCAUAAAAUGCUUGAAGGAUUUGUACAGAGAUUUGAUUAUAAUGUUCUUACACCUUUUUUACCUCCUAAACAUGAAUAUGUAAUUUACUUGAAGAUAGCUGAUAAACAAAUAGAAUUAUAUCAGAAAUAUUUAGAUUCUUAUAGACAGUCAGAUUUAUUUACUAAUUACAAUAUGCUUCAAAUAGUUUGGACCCAUCCUAAACUAUUAGCAUUAUAUGCCAACCGAACUGAAUCAAAAAGAGAAAAACAAAAAUUUAAAGACACUAGUUAUAUUGAUUCUUAUUCAAAUUCUAUUGAAGAAGUUGAAAAUAGGCAAAUACCAGUCUCAGUUUUUGACUCAACAAUCACGAAAAAACCAAAUAUUAAUCUUAAGUGGUGGAAACCUUAUGUUUCAAAAACUGAUUUGGAAUCUGUGUACCCGUACUCAAAGUUUAUAAUGAUGUUUUCAAUACUUCAAGAAUGUGAAAAAAUUGGUGAUAAAGUGUUAUUGUUCAGUCAGUCAUUAUUUACUCUUGAUCUCAUUCAGGACUUUUUGGAAAAUGCUGAAGAUAAAUCUGAUGAUAAAGGGGGUCCUUAUGGUAAAUCUUGGAAUCACAGUGCAGAUUUUUAUAGAAUUGAUGGUUCAGUAAGUUUAAAAGAGAGAGAAGAUUAUUGUGAAAAAUUUAAUGAUAUCAACAAUCCUAGGUUGAGACUUUUAUUAUUGUCGACAAAAGCUUUUAAUUUAGGUAUUAAUUUAGUUGGUGCUAACAGAGUUAUUAUUUUUGAUGUGACAUGGAAUCCAUCCCUAAAUGUUCAAAGUAUAUUUCGUGUAUUUAGAUUUGGGCAGACUAAACCAUGUUAUAUUUAUAGAUUCAUUUCUGAGGGUACAAUGGAGCAAAAAAUAUAUGAACGUCAAAUAUCAAAGUUAUCAAUGGCUUUUCGUAUAAUUGAUGAACAUCAAAUUGAUCGUCAUUUUAAUGCUAAAUGUCAGGAAGAACUUUAUGAAUUUGAACCAAAUACUACUAAACCUAAAUCAACAUUAAAUUUACCUAAGGAUCGUUUGAUGGCUGAAUUAAUAUUAAGGCAUGAAGACCUUGUUAUGAACAUACUAGAACAUGACUCAUUACUACAAAAUAAUGAAGCAGAAGAAUUAGAUGAGGAUGGUAGAAAUGCAGCAUGGGAAAAUUAUAAAAAAGAAAAUGAUUCAGCUAACGUUUCUAUUAAACAAUCAAUAUUACCUAUAUUUUGUGGAUCUGAAAGUGACUAGGAAAUAAAUCAUCUGAAACUGGCAGAUGUGUAUAAUAAUGUACUCAAUAGAACUUAUUGUCUUUAAGCGUUAUCAAGACUUACUGUUAUAUGUUCUAAAGUAAAUGAUGCUCAACAUGUUAAGCAAAAAGUAUUAUAUAAAUUAUGUUAUAGCUACAUAACAGUUUUUUUUAUACUAUCAAAUAAAUGAAUACUUAUUCAUUUAACACCAAGAAUAUAUAAAUAUAUUAUUUGUGUUAUUUAUUUUUUAAAUAUAUUCUUUACAAAUAAAACUGUUAUUGUGCAUACUAAUGUUUAAUUCUAUAAUUCUUAAAUCUUAUAAAAAAAAAAUUAACAAAAUUUUAUAUGUACGUAAUAAGUGAUUCUUUUUGCUUUUAUUUAAGUUAUUUUAAUU